AGCCUUAAACAAGAAAAGCACCAUCUAAUCAAAACCUAUAUAUAAAUCUAAGCUCUUAAUUCAUUCCACAAUUAAGAUCUUAACUUCAAAUAUCUUCCUCGAAAAAAAAUUUACAUAGUUCUGGAUUUGUCUUGUCUACGGCGACACGAAGAAAAUGGCGGAACAACGAAUGCAACCAGUGGCUUCUUUGCUUCUACUCCUGAAUUUCUGCAUGUACGCCAUUGUUCUCGGAAUUGGAGCAUGGUCCAUGAACAAAGCUAUCAGCCAUGGCUUCCAUAUUGGUGCGGAUUACAGCCUUCCCGCUCAUUUCUCGCCAAUAUAUUUUCCGAUGGGUAAUGCGGCCACCGGAUUCUUUGUGAUGUUUUCCUUAAUUGCCGGAGUUGCUGGAGCUGCCUCUGUUAUCACCGGUGUCAGUCAUAUCCAGUCAUCCACUACAGCGAGUCUUCCGGCAGCUGUCUCUGCUGCCAGCAUUGCUUGGUCCCUCACAGUUUUAGCCAUGGGAUUUGGCUGCAAGGAAAUUGAACUUGGAAUGAGAAAUGCCCGACUGAGGACAAUGGAGGCAUUUCUAAUAAUUCUUUCGGCAACGCAACUUAUAUAUAUUAUUGCUAUAUAUUUAACUCGAAAAUAAAUCCAGAGAAAAACUGAUUUAUUUUCUUCUUAUUUAUUUGUAUUGUAAUUUAUAUUUUCUUAUCUAACUUGCUUAUUUGAAGAUGUGUAUUUGUGUGGUUUGUAUUAUUU